AUGGGGAAGAAGCUGAAGCCGAAGCUGCAAGCGCGGGACAACAUCGUUGAAUUUCUCCAGCGCACAGCACGAUUUCUGAAGAACUACGACCCGGCGAUUCAUGCUCUCCAGGUGCAAGCUCGCAUCGACAGGCUGGACGAGAAAUGGGACGAAUUUGAGGACAUCCAGUCGCAAAUAGAGGAAAUGGAGGAGCAUGAGGAGAAAACAGAUCAACACAAGCAGACCCGAGCCGAGUUCGAGGAGUUGUACUUCCAGAAGAAACGGCACGUCAACGCUCUUCUGCAGUUUCCGAAGUUGAAGAAGGUUUCUGCAAGUGGGAUCCAUGAUGUUAUCGAUGCAUUCGAUCGGCACACUAAGAUCUUGGAUCAAUUAGGGGAAGUGACUGCAGGCUGGGGAGCGAUGCUGACGCAGCUGUUGGUGUCGAAGCUGGACGACGUGACGCAGAAGGACUGGGAAGAGUAUGCGCUGAAGAAGGAGGAUCCUGCAUUUCUACACGUGAUGGAGUUUCUGCAAGGCCAAACCCGCAUUCUGGAUGCGAUUGCGGUUGAUCAACGUUCCGAAGGUCCACGGGUUCCACUCUCCACUCCAUUCGCACCGUUCAAAAAGCCUGCGCCCAAGUUAUCGGUCCACGCAGCGUCGGAGAGUUCGUCACCGAAGUGCGUGUCAUGUAGUGGUUCGCACUAUAUCUCCAACUGCCCUGCUUUUACGAAGCUGACACUGGAUAAACGGUUCCAGAUAGUAAAUUCGAAGAAGCUGUGCAGUAAUUGCCUUCGGCGUGACCAUUACAGUAGAGAUUGCACGUCUACUUUCCGCUGUCGUACGUGUAGCAAAAAACACCAUACUUUACUCCAUCCGGGGUUAGCGGCAACUGGAACUGGGUCGGUGACCGGAGAUCAAGCCGCUGAACAAUCGCAAACGGGCGGUUCUGGUAUUUCUACGGCAGGUGCAGUUGAGACUCCGCAACAAGCGCUUCAAAGUUCGGUUGCCACAAUCUACGCAGCCAAUAUUGCAGCGGAGUUACGAGAUGUGCAUGUGUUCCUGUCGACCGUUCUGGUGUCGGUGAAAGAUUGCAACGGACGGUUGCAUACAGCGAGAGCACUUCUUGACAGCGGAUCCCAGGCCAAUCUAAUCUCAGAGAGGCUAUGUCAAAUCUUGAAGCUGCCGAGGAAGGACACUACCGUACCAAUCUCCGGUGUCGGCAGCGCGCGGAUUCAGACAAACAGUUCUGUUUCUGCAACAAUAGGUUCACGUAUAAUGGACUAUGCGGUUCCGAUGAAUUUCUUGGUGCUGAAAAAGGUGACGGACGAUCAACCAUCGACAACCAUCCCGAUCGGCAGCUGGAAUCUCCCCUUGGACAUGGUCCUGGCGGACCCUGGGUUCAACAAGCGUGCUCCGAUAGACAUUCUUCUGGGUUUGGAGUACUUCUACGAGUUCCUGCUACUGAAUGGAGGGCGGUUCCAAAUUCAGCGGAUGGGUGAAGGUCUCCCCCUCUUCGUUAAUACCGUCUUUGGGUGGAUAGCAGCUGGCAAAGCGGAUUUGGGCAGUCUUAACCCAGUCCCAUGUUGCCACGUGGCGGUUGACACGACUCUAGAGGAGAAGAUCGAACGGUUCUGGAAAAUUGAAGAGAUGCAGGAUGUACCAAGGCGGACCAAAGAAGAGCAGGAUUGCGAGGAGCACUUUCAGGCAACUGUUUCUCGAGAUGCCACAGGGAGGUACGUUGUGCGUCUGCCGAAACAAAUGGGAUUCGAACGGAUGAUCGGAGAAUCGAAGGAUAUGGCUCUGCGAAGACUUGUGCAGCUAGAACGGCGACUGGAUAAGGACGAAGAGUUGCGCAAGCGUUACAACGAGGCGAUGCAGACGUACUUGGACCAGGAACACAUGACGAUAAUACCGGAGGAGGAGCUAAAGCGCGAUAAACGGCUGUCUUGUUACCUGCCUCACCAUCCGGUAAUUAAAGAGUCGAGUUCGACCACGAAGGUUCGGCCAGUAUUCGACGGUUCGGCUAAAACUACAUCCAACCAUUCUCUAAACGAUGCGUUGAUGACGGGUCCAAUGAUUCAAGAUCCCCUGUUCGAUUUGGUUCUGCGAUUUCGCAAAUAUUUCAUCGCAUUAGUUGCUGACAUCGAAAAGAUGUACCUGCAGGUGAAGGUGCAUUUAGAUGAUGCUGCUCUUCUACGAAUUCUGUGGAGAUUCUCGUCAAAUGAGCCCAUUUCAACUUACGAGAUGAACAGAGUCACGUUUGGAUUGGCCCCAUCGUCAUUCCUUGCAACGAGGUGUUUGCAGCAGCUGGCACACGACGAAGGCAGUCAAUACCCACGAGCGAAAGCGGCGCUCUUGAAUGACUUCUACGUGGACGAUUUUAUCGGAGGGGCGGACUCUGAAAGCGAAGCUAUCUUGUUGCGACAAGAGUUGGAGCAGCUGAUGUCUAAAGGUGGUUUCAGACUGCGAAAAUGGGUAAGCAACGCCCAGAGUGUGUUGGCGGGCCUGGCUGCAGACGAACUGGGAACGCAAUCUACACUCAACUUCGAUCAGGAACAGGUGAAAGCACUAGGAGUUCACUGGCAACCAGGGCCAGAUUUGCUGGGCAUAGAUGUAUCGGGUCUCACUGUAAACGGACAGUGGACAAGGCGCAAAGUAUACUCCAUCAUCGCUCAACUAUGGGAUCCCUGCGGUUUCACGGCUCCAGUCAUUUCGUGGGCAAAGAUUCAGAUGCAGCUUCUGUGGGUAGCCGCUCAAGGCUGGGACGAUCCGUUGCCUGCAGACUUGGCUAAUCAGUGGACGAAUUUCUAUCAGCAGCUGCCAGCUCUCUCCAACAUCAAAGUGGAUCGGCACGCUUUCACUAAUCACCCAAUUCUGAUUCAGUUUCACGUCUUCUCGGAUGCGUCCGAAGCUGCGUACGGCGCGUGCAUUUUCGCUAGAUCCAUCAGCCAACUGGGGCAGAUAAAGGCUUUCUGCGCAGCUGCUCGACGGUGUACUGGCUCGGCGUUGCUGGCGAUUCCCGAUCCGGACUACACGGAUAUCCCUACGCAUCGACUACAGCACUACCAGGAACUGCAACAAGUCGUACAGCAGCAUUGGAAGCGGUGGAGGCGGGAGUACAUCUCGCAGCUGCACAAUCAGAACCAACGAUUCCCUCAAGCAACCCUGCUGAAAGUGGGUCAAAUGGUGGUCCUGAAGGAGGAUGGAGCCGCGGCCAUCGAGUGGCCUCUAGCCCGAAUCACCGAAGUCUUCCCUGGCCCCGAUGGUGUGGUCCGAGUAGUGAAGCUACGAACCCCCAACGGUGCUGUCUACAAGCGACAAGCCUCACGAGUCUGUUUGCUGCCGUUUGAGAAUGUCUCGACCGAAGGAUGGAAACGCUGCCAGCCCGGACAGCGCAACGUAGCUCCCGAGGAAGAAUCAUAG